AACAUUGUGCAAAUCCUUUGUUCUGCAUGGGCGAAAGUGGUGGGAAUUGGGGCCAAAACCCGCUGAGCCUAUCGAGAGCAUCGCCAUAAGCAUGAUGGAGCCGGCUCUGGACUCAUGACGUUGUGGGCUUCCUGGCAGCAGACAAACGUACCUUUACGAGGCGCGGGUUAUGAUCCCCCAAGCCUGUGUGAGACAUGCGCUUAUGCAGAUCGUCUCAUUUGCUCGUUUGAUCUUUUUUUUGUCUUCUGCUUCUUUAUUUCCGGCUGUUAUUCCGGUGAUGGAUCGCUGGUCGGCCGGCUGUUGUCGUUUAAAUCUGCAGUCGUCCUCGCAUUUCUUUGUGUAGCCUCCCCCACCUCCUCAAUUUCCCUGACUCGCCCCGCGCCUUGCCCAACUUGCCCCUCCUGAACCACCACUUUCAAGCGAUGCGAAUAUGAACUACGAUGGACAGACCAUGGUGAUGACCAGCGACGAUGAAAAUGCCGACUACGACGCGAUGGACAUGGGGGACCAGCAGCUACAGCUACAGCAGCAACAGCUCCAACAGCGACAACAACCUAUGCAGAGCAUGUAGGCAG